AUGCAAUCAAAACUUUUACAUGCUAUGACUGCUGUUGUUAAAUCUUGGUAUAGCAGAAAGGAUUAUGUGACUGCAGAAACUAUUCUACAGUAUCCUGAUUGGUCAACAUGUAAGCCGGCAAUGGUUGUGUUACCAAUAUUCAGUGUUCAAGAUGCUCCACCAGAAAAACUGGUACCACCCAGCACAGUUAAGGUAUUUCGGGAUGUAGAAGAGCGAAGAUUUGAUAGAAAACCGAUCUUCCCAAAUGUUUCAAAGCGUCUAAGCAUUACUAAUCAUCUUUUGCAGUACAACUCGCCUAAGAAAACAAGUUUAUUUUCAAAGGUACCAAUAUUUGAUCUAAGUAAAAGAGGAGAUAAUACCUAUAAGCGGAGCGUUCUACCAAGAAAAGACUUCUCAAGUGUAAAAAAUCUUGUUAAUGACUACAUUAAUAUCAGAAGAAACCGAUUCAAAAGUCAAGGAGGAUUUUUUUCUACACCUAAUUAUCCAACGAAUCAACCCAAUAUAAAAUCCGAACGAAUUUUGAAUUCAGCUGAAGAAAAAGUUAUGAAGACUAAUUAUUAUUUAAGCAAUAAAAUAAAUUCUACUGUAUCUGAACCAAUACUAAUGCCUGAUAGUUUAAGUGGUUUAGAAUAUGAGAAAUCAGAUAUCAAAUUAAUGCAUUUACUAAAUAAAUUGGAACAAGAAGUGAAACAUAUUGAACUCGACGAAGUUAAAAAAGAAAUUUUUGAUGCAAAAAUUAGAAAAAUCUAUGACUCGGUUGUUGGCCCUAAAGAUUUUCUUAAUCGUCGAAUCACAGAUCCAUUUGAAACAGAUAUUGUUGGCCUAGAAAUGAAUGAAAAUUUAAAUACAAACCAAAAUUUAUAUUCUGAAUACGAAAACAAUAAUCACAAGGCAAAAAAAUUACACCAUAAAAUUGACGAAUUUUCACACAAACAAGAUAAUUUUGCCACAAAUUAUGAAAAUUCGAAUUUUGAUAUCACUCGGGAAAAUAGACCAUUGAUGAAAAAUAAAAAUGCGCUAUUGCACAAUAACGAGAACAAUAAAGGAAACAUAUUUGGCUUAAGAAGAUCAGAUCCAGGACAAGAAUAUGAAAUUGUUGCAAAGAAAAAUCUACCCAAAAACAUGUUUAGAGAAAAUGAUAUUUUAAAGCAAAGAAAAACAUAUAAUAGUAAUAUAAAUAAGCUACGAGAUAUAUAUUCAAAUGUCGACAUAAAAAGGCGACAGGAUAUGGUAGAAAAGGGAGCAUUAAAUCAUAAUGACCACGAUGACCUACUUAGUCAUGAGAGAAGAAAAUAUUAUCAAACUAUACUCGAAAAUUUGGAGAGGAAACUCCGUGAAUCACGUAAUAGGCACCACAAAGACCACAAAGACAAUAAGGGGCGUCCUUUGCGUCCUGUCAGACCAACAGUGCGAAAAGAAGCACCAUUACGUCCUCUAAAGUCACAACUGGAUCCUUUCUAUAUGGCUGAUCGAGCACGAUUCCUUCAUGGAUUUUAA